CACUGGAGCAGUGGGUCAGCGCGGUAUUAGGUGACGUCAUAAUGCCCCGCUAGAAGCGCUCGCUUUUGAUGUGACCGUCUGCAGAGAAAGCAAGAAGAAAAUGAACUUCAGUAACCAAUUUAUGUAACCAAAACGUACAAAAGCUAAUCCAACAUGUCUCAGAGAACUCUUCCUUUGCUCAUUAUAAACCUCGGCGGGGAAAUGAUCUACAUUCUGGAUCAGCGCCUCCGAGCGCCGGAUGAAAGCGAUGAAAAAACUCAGAGAGGCUGUUGGACAGAGGAUGACCGGAAAAGAGUUAUGAAUGAUAUAGUGAGCACUAUGUUUAGUAAAGUGUUUCUGGAGGAACUCCUGCGGCCGCAGGACCUGUACUCUCACCGAGCCCUGCGGACAGUGUUAACUCGGAUAGCACACACAUCUAUUAUGCGUCUCAAUCCGGCAAGCAUGGACAAGCUGUACGAUUUGAUGACCAUGACCUUUAAGUAUCAGCUGGUUUUGUGUCCACGUCCACAAGAUUUACUGCUGAUCACCUUCAACCACACAGACGCCAUUAAGGAACUGGUAAAGGAUAAUCCCAGCCUUGUUAACCAGAUCAAUGAAGCCCAACGGCUGCUUAUUGAGGUAUACACACCCUUAUCCGACGGAGAGCUUCAACUCAUCAGGCACACACUGCUGCUUCUUUUUCAAGAUAUGCAAAUCAGGGUUUCAAUUUUCUUGAAAGAAAAAAUCCAGAAUCCAAAUGGGCACUUUGUGCUGCAGACUUCAGGGCCGGUGCCUUACGGAUUUCAGGUUCCUGGUUUAAUAAGGUUGUUUAAUGCAAAAGGCAGAGAGGUGAUGAGGACCAGAUUCCCCAGUGGAGGAAGCUACACGAGCGCUUUAAACCCGGGAUCAUUGGACCUCUAUGGAGACAGGGUCACACUUCUGGGCACCAACAUGUACAGCACACCCUCACCUGAAGACAUGAACCCGUCAUCCACAAACACCAGCAGAGGGAAGCCAAAGCAGGCCGAUUCGACACCCAAUCCUUUGGCCACAGAGGAGCUCAAUCUGCUGGCUAAACUGAUGGGAGGAAUGGAGGUGCAGAAGCUCUCCAAUGUGGACGCUGCUUUCAGAGUCAACCUGCUGGCUUUAAACCAGGAGGAGGAGAGCAGUGGAACUUCAGAAGGAACUGAUCAACACUCGUCAGCAGUCAUUAACAUACAAGCCACGCAGGUGUCACUCACUUCACUAAACCUCCUCAUAUCCUCGUUUUGCUUUAUUCUGUUGCACAUGGGCGGAUACGUUUUUUUUGCUAACAGUCAAAUCUUUCUUAGAAAGAAUCACAGGUGUCACUCCAGGGCUUUUGGCUCAUGAUUUUAAUGCCAUCCAUAAGGAGGUUACCAGAAAGUAAACAAGCAACAACACAUUUGUCACGUUUGUCACAUUUGUUUCAUGAGAACAAUCAAUACAUCUAAUAUAACAAAAUAAAAUUACAGGGUGGCACGGUAGCUCAGCCCUGUCACCUCACAGCAAGAAGGUCACUAGUUUGAGUCCCGACAGGGUCAGUUGGCAUUUCUGUGUGGAGUUUGCACUGGAAAAAACUUGCAUUGCAAUAUUUUUAUUUUCUGCAAUUUAUAUUGCGAUAUUUCACAAGUUAAUUAAUCAACGUAAUAAUUUUAGAUUGAUUGGGAUGAUUUUGUAGCAUUUGCAUAAAAUAUAAUAAACAAGCUACAAGCAGAGAUGAAGUAGAGCAAAUAUACAAAUGAAGGAGUCUAAAACUAUACAGGUACAGAAAUACAAGAAUCAAAUGUACGAUAAAGCUGUAUAUUCUUUAUUGGUAAAUAAUGGGGUAUAUGCCGAAGCAUGCUAAUAGGACUUUUAAUUUGCCAGUA